AUGAGUAACAUUUACUCUGAGCAGCUGUUCUUGCCUGCAAAAGCUGCGCAAUAUAGUCAAUCAGUUCUGUUAAACGCAGUCAUUCCUAGGCAGUCCAUCUUCAUCCCAACCCGCAUGCAGCUGCUCUCUUUCACUUAUGCAGCUUUUCCGCAGAUCCUCUUCGCCGCCACGUGCUACCUGUGCGUCCUGUGCUGCUGUGUGUACUUCGGCCAGCUGUUCAUGACGCUGACGCCGCCCCACUGGUGCCGCGCCCCGCCGGAGCUCGAGGGCCUCAACCUCACGCAGGAGGAGCUCAAGAACCUCACCAUUCCCAGGCACCCCAACGGAAAGGAAUUCCUCGCCUGCCAAAGAUACGAUGUCAACUUCACGGAGGUUCUGAAGAGUGACACGCCCUGGCCCGGCCCUUCGUGGCCCCUCACCCCCUGCACCCACGGAUGGACCUACAAUUAUUCUUUCUAUUAUCCAACCAUCACCUCUCAGCUGGACUGGGUGUGCGACGAGGACUGGCGCCCGGCGCUGGCGCAGUCGCUCUUCUUCGUGGGCUCUAUGGUGGGCACGCCCACGCUGGGGUGGGCGGCCGACGCGUGGGGGAGGCUUCCGCUCAUCGUCUUCACCAACGUCCUGGGGGGCGUCGCCGGCGUCGUGUCUGCGUUCAGCAACUCGUUCGCCAUGUUCGCUGCGCUGCGCUUCCUGGUGGGCUUCACGUUCGAGCAGAUGCUCAUGAUCGGAUACAUGCUCACGCAAGAGUACGUUUCGAGCGAGUACAGGACGGUGAUGGCCAACGCGCCCGUCAUGGUGUUCCUGACCGGCUCCAUGUGCGGGCUGCCGUGGCUGGCCUGGUGGUUGGCUGACUGGUCUACCUUCGUCCUGGUUAUCCACGCGCCACAGUUCCUCACCAUCGUCUUCCUAUGGUCAGUUGUUCCCAGACUUUUCCAGGCUGGCGCCUCCUUGGCGUCCAGGUGGAUCCUAGCGACGCCCCCUCGUGCGCUCAUGCGAACACACACCUUUUCAUAUAAGUUGAAAACAAAAUUUUACAAAUAUAACCUAAUGAAGGCUCUACCAGAGUCAGCGCGGUGGCUGCUGAGUCGCGGCCGAGUGGACCGCACGGUGGCCAUCCUCAAGACCGUCGCCAGAGUCAACCGGAAGCCGCUGACUCCUGCCGUCAUUCAGGGUUUUAAGGAUUUUGGCGAGAAGCAGAGGAAGGCGUCUCACCAGAAAGUGACAGUUCUCGAUCUCUUCAAAACGCCGAUUCUCAGAAAACGGUACAUCGUCCUUAUUAUCAUGUGGUGCACCCUGUUCGUGGCCUACGACGGCCACACGCGCAACACGGAGAACAUCGGCCACAACGUCUUCGUGAGCUUCACCAUCGCCGGCCUCGUGGAGCUUCCGGCGGACUUCGCGACCAUGCUGGCGACGGAGUGGCUGGGGCGCCGCCACACCACCGUCGGCUCGCUCGUCCUCAGCGGCCUCGCCGGCCUCUGCAUCGCCUUCAUUCCGGAAGACGACACGAUCGCCAUCAUGGUGAUGGCCUUCAUAGGGCGCUUCCUCGUCACGAUGUCCAUGGAUAUUGGGCAUCAGUACCCUGUGGAGGUGCUCCCGACAGUGGCUCGGGGGCAGGGCAUCGGCGCCAUGCAGACUGUGGGCUUCCUUUGUGGCUUCAGCUCGCCGUACAUUGCAUAUCUGUCCAAGUUCGGUCCGUCGGUCCCGUACGUGGUUCUGGGCGCGAUCACGGUCACGGGCGGCUUCGUGUGCCUCCUGCUGCCCGAGACGCUCAACGAGAAGCUCCCCGACACGCUGGAGGAGGGAGAGCUGUUCUUCGCCAACCAGGGCCUCUUCCACAACCCCUGCGGGAGGAGGAACAAAAUCUCCGCUGGCGACGCAGGGAGAGGAACGACCGCCACGCCAUCUGGGAGCAAAGAGAAGAAUGAAAGUAACGUCAAGUGAAUAUUGCGC